AUGAGCUCCGCUGCUAGCAACCGCGGUGCUGGUGCUGGUGCUGCAGGUGCAACACUAAAGAGCGGCAAAGCACAGCGCAUCUCUUCUCCCUCCGCAUCCAUCCAUCUGCCAUGCACACCUUACAUUACCCACAUUGUGCCAGUGCAGGCGGGAUAUGCAGAAGCAGAAGCAGAAGCAGAAGCAGAAGGGUGCUCGCACUUGGUGGUGGGAUCAUCGGACGGAUCUGUGCGACUACAUCAAUGCGCAUCCCUCGAGCCUAUGGCUGAGCUUCCAUGGCAUCUCCUCCCCUCCUCCUCCUCCUCCGCUUCAAGCAACCAAGGAGCCAUCUCUGCGCUUUUAACUCUUCCAAGCGCUAGCUCCAGCACAGGCUCCAGCUCCAGCUCCAUCUCCAACGCGCAAUCAUCACAGAACAUUCGUGUCUUGUGCGCCACCAAUCAGGGUUGCGGAGCUAUUCUUUGGCAUCCCUUCGAAACCGCUGCUGCACAGAACAGCGCACGCCCUUCUGAAAACUCGCUCAAGCAGUUGAAAAGUUCAAAUGGAGCGCCCUAUCUUUGUCUGGCUUGUUCCAGCGAUGGAAGAUACGUGGCAGCUGGGACGGAAGUGAAGAAUUACGAAGCGGUGAUAGAUCUGUGGUGAGUGGGCACGUCGUGUUGGCGCAUCGACAUACGCACGAGUGGCUGAUGAUGCAUGCGAUCACGUCCAAAUCGACCUUCAAUGAUACGAUGCAUCGCAUCGCAUCGCAUCAAAUCAAUCCAAACAAUACAAUUCAAAUCAAAUCAAAUCAAAAUACAGGGAUCUACUCUCCUCCACCUCUUCUCCUCAAUUCACAUACACCGAAUCGCACUCCGACGAUAUCACCUCUCUCUCCUUUCAUCCUUCUCACACUCAUCGGCAUUUGUUGCUGAGCGGUAGUACGGAUGGACUAUUGUCCGUAUUGGAUACGCGCACCACGGACGAAGAUGAUGCGGUUCUUGGAGUUUGCAAUAUGGACGCUAGCAUUGCCAGAGCUGGAUGGUGUGCACAAAGCUCCGCUUGCGAUCAGUCUGGGAUGUUGCGAGCGAGGAAGGAGGAAGCGCUGUUUAGCGGUGUGGAUGCAACGAUGAACAUGCAGGAGGAAGAGGAGCUGAAUGUAAAGGAAGAGAGAGCAAAGGGAAUGGGGGACUUUUGGUCGGUCAGUGAUAUGCAGAGUGUAGCCAUCUGGAACGAAAAUGUGAGUUCCCUUUUUCCAUCUUUGACUUGGCACUGCCCUGUCCCACUCUGCAUUCGGUGUCGUCUGGAUCAGCCUGCAACCUCGUGGUUCCCCACUUGGACUCGAUGAAGUUACAAGAUACUGACGAUAUGUUUCGCCCCCCUCCCCUCUCCAUGUUUGUCGCAUUGGAAAAGUUCGAUGCGGUCUUGCAGCCGCUAGAUGUCAGAUCGGUGGGAUGCAGAGAGUGGCAGACGGAUUACAUCAUCGAUGCGUUUAGUCCUCGAAAGUGGCGCGCGGAUGGAGCGAGGAGCAGGCAUGCGCAAGCUACUCGUCUCAUCUUCUGGGUCGGCACCAUCUCGUGAGUCUUUCGUGUCGCCCCAUGUUUCCCCACUUCAACUUGAUUUGGCUCCAUGCUCGCGCGUAUCAUGCACUUUGAAAUCAAACGCAACUCACAUCGAUUCCUCGUGUUCUCUCUGUCUCUCUGUCUCUCUCUCUCUCUCUCUCUCCCGAAAGAGGAAAAGCUCUACGAAUCGAUCUGGAGCUGGAUGGGCAGGACGGUUCGACCGGCUGGACUAUGAAGACUCUUCUGUCGGAUUCGGAUUCGGACUCUACCGCUUCUGCCGCCUACGACGCCGUGCAAGUUCCUCAGAUCUCUUCCCCUCUCCGCUCCAAAGGCCAUUCCGACAUUGUUCGAUCCAUCCAUCAAGCAGGAGAAGCGCGGCAAGGAGAGAUCUUUAUCUUUACGGGCGGAGAAGAUGGUUGUUUGAUGCGCUGGCAAGCAGAUGCUCAUCUCUUCUCUUGCGCCGAGCAUUUCAACUCAAGCUCGACGGCUUUGCAAAUGA